GUGAACGCGGUUUAUGCAUCGCCGGGUUACUAUAUUCGGACUAUAUUUCGUACUUUUUUUUUUCUAUACGCGUUGUGCUAAUAUUUUUCCAGCUUGUUUACUGAUUGACAGUGUGUGUUGAACUGGUCGUGCACGAGCAAGAUUUCUAAAUGUUUGGCGGUGUCCUUCUGGAUUCGGAGGGCAUGCUUACCCACAUUGCAAGGACGUCAUGCCGGCGAAAGCACCAUUUAUGGGCGAUACAUCUAUUGGGGAAGCUCGACAUAUCGGGCCAUGUGUAGAAUGGAAUGGCUGUCCACAGACCAGAACUCAGGUCAAGUGAAUCCUGAUGUGAGCUGUGAGGCCUGCAGUAGUUCUGGUGUAGGCCCAGGGGGAGAGUCUGCAUUGGCAAGCAAGCAACCUUUGCGGUCAGUGCUGCUGGCUUGUCGCAACCCAGGUUCCCACGAAGAUGACGCCAGCCUCAGUGGUGCUGUGGAGGUGCGUCACCUGCCACCAGGAGUGUUGGUGCAGCUUUUGCCUCAAGACGAGAACCACUUUCACCUGGAAACAGCCGAUAGCCAAAGUGUGCUUUCUCUUUAUGUCCAGAAGGACUUCAGGUACUUCUUGCAGCACCCAUACGCACGGCUGUUUGUGUCGUACUUUGUGGUGUUCUGCAAUUUUCUGGUGUUUGCUGAGGACCCCAUCUCGCACAGCCGCACCGAGAGCGAGAUCCCAGUGUUUGGCAACGUCUUCUCCUUUGUCUGCACCAAGUACCCACCCGAGUGGGGCUGGCGGUGUGCCAAGGUGCUGCUCUGGCUCCUAGCCCUCUUCUGCGGCCUGGUGUGUGGCAAAUACUUCAUCCACCACUUCCUGCUCCGCAACUUGUUUCGGCUGAAAAUGUUUCGUGAAGAGCAAGGAACCUGGAUGAUAAUGCUGCUGACGGCGCUUGUGUUCGUAUACAUGCUGUCACUGGUGUAUAAUGCUUUGCUGCUGAGCGGCCACCCGCGGCCUGACCAGUUUCGUAUCAAUGCACUCAUGGGUGUCACAAAUGCCAGCUUCAUGAAGGUGGCAGCCUGUGGCACUUGGCUGGGCGACUUCCUCACUGCGUGGAUGGUGACGGACAUGAUGCUCCAGGAUGAGCUGUAUCCCAGUUGGGCGCCUGCCCUGCGUGCCUUCUGGCAGAGCCAUGGUCGCACUCGCAUUUUUGUCUUUUGGUCCGUGUCACUGCUGCUGUCGGCCGUCGUGAUCAGCCUGAUUGUGAGUGACCACAUUUCCUGGGACUACCUCAACCGCGAGUUCGUGGCCACCACUGAGCUGUCUCGUGCCUUCCUCGCCUCCUUCAUCCUCGUCAUGGACCUGCUCAUCGUCAUGCAGGACUGGGACUUUCCGCACUUUGUGUGCGACUUGAACAUCAAACUGCCUGGUUUGCACGCUGCCUCCUUCAAGUACCACAUGUUCCAGAAGUAUGUCCACUUGCCUGAAAUUGUCUUCCACAUUAGUGGCAAGUGGUUCAACUAUGGCAUCAUUGUGGUUGUGAUGCUACUGGACUUGAACAUGUGGAAAAAUCAGAUCUUCUACCAGCCCGACGACUAUGGCCAAUACACUGGUCCGAACAACAAGGUCCGCACUGUGGUCAACUUUGCCACAUUAGCUGCAGGCAACCGGACUCUUUGGACACUGGAGUACAGAGUGAGUCAGUUUAAUCCAGCCACCAACCACAGCUUGGCUGAGGAGGACAUCCUUAUGAACUCACGCUACCUGGGAUACCCACUAUCACUCAAGGGGCUGGCCUUCCUGCCUUCGCUGCUGGGAUUCGCCAUGUUUGGGGCGCUGACCUACCUGUAUGGCCGCUUCCCGCCCAAAACGGAUGCGACCGCCGGUGGUAGGCUGCGGCCGUCAUUUCGGUCAAGCUGGAAACAAGGUUCACGCCCUCCAGUGGCCACUGCCAGCUUCGGAGGACAGCCAGCUCGCCUUGUUGUCUGCUGGGAUGCACACUGUGGCCAGACAUCAGCCAGCAAAGCACCCUGUUGACUGCAUCGACACAAUCUUAGUGUUUGCGCUUACACUUGCAAAGGACAUUUCAUAGCUUGCCCGUGAUCGAUAUAGCUGAAGGUGCUGCCACAAAUGAGAGGGAACAGUGGAACAUAUUUUGCUAAGAACCGUGUUUCCAGUGUAGGUUAAUUUGCAAAUUUGAGAGGUAUGCAAAAGGAAGGAUUGCUGGAGUUGACUUAUUCUUAGAGCAUGGAGGGGAAAAAUCGCUUGCACGAGCUAUUCGUGUGGCUGACCUAGUACAAAGAUGUAGCAUGAAGGUACAGUUGAGUCUAUAUUUGUGCGCCGAGUGUCUGAAAUGGUACUGUUGCACCAAGCAGUCAUGACUGCCUUGUUUAUAGAUUGUGCCUGUUAAUUAGAUGAUGUGCUUAGUGUUGCAAAAGCGAGAGUUGGUGUGUGUCCAUAUUGGAACUACACAAAAGAAAGGAAGUCGGCACUCAUGUUUGUAAAGUCUUUCUUAAUGCUUCGUCUUUUGGGCUUAGAUGAUGGGCUUAGUGUUUCAAAAGCAAGAGUUGGUUUGUGUCCAUAUUGAAACUACACAAAAGACUGAGCACAAAGAAAGUCGGCACUCAUGUUGUCAAGUCUUUCUUAAUGCUUCGUCUUUUGGGCUGUUCCAAUUUGAUUGCUUAGUGUUGUUAAAAUGCCAAGCAAAAAAAGCAUCUCAGUUUAUUUAUAAGUUGCUUGUACUUAGCGGAACCAAUUGAAAAAGGAGCAACUGGAAUCUGUGUGCACAGUCAUUCGGCCUGUGCGGACAAUUCCAACUAUUGUGAGUGCAGUUGAGUGGCAGAGCCACAAGUGUGAUGUCAUGUGCUCUCACCUGCUGCUAGAGAUGGCAGAGCUAUGUGUAAGAAACACAGACAAGAAAAAAUUUACUGCAACAGAGAAGUAUUUCAGCUUGUUAAGGUGCGUUUAGGCUAGAGAGACACAACACCGAAUUCGGUGUGCUGAAUGUCUUGGGAGUGUCUUUUGUCUUGUCGUCGUCCUAUGUACACUGCAAAGACACAAACAGUCCACCGAUGGUCUCCCGAAGACUUGUGAAAACUCUACGCGUGCCUUGUCUUGCUUGCAGUCUUUCGUUGGCGAAUUCUGUAGUCACCUUGGAGGCACUAAACUUGCACACCUGCAUCUCAUUUUCAGCCAUGCUCUCUGCUCGUUCAUUGUAGACUUCCUUGGGGUGCACUAGACACCUAUUCAGACACUGCGGAAGCCUCUGAGAGAGCAUUGUUAUCUCACUCAAGAUUGCCCCUUUUGUAGUCGUUUGAAGCAAAGACAUGGAUCAAAUUUUCGCUCAGCUGCAGAUUUCCUGCAGACACUCCAAGGACAGGUAUGCGGAUGCAUUUUGCUGGUGUUUUCAGUCUAUCAUCAUGUUACACUACGACGACAUGCUGUCUUUUGAGGCGUCUUCGUCGGCAGCAGCCUAGUGGGGACUGGCGACUUCGUCGGUGGGCAACUCUUCGGCCUAUGGUCUGCGUCUGCCUCGUGUCUUCAUCGGGCUCAAAUCAGUGUCGUGUCGCUCUAGUGUUAACACGCCUUCAACUUACUCAAUAACUUUGAAGACUGUAAUGUUCUUUUUUUUUUUUACUUUUAAAUAACUUUUAGUUGUUACAUUAGAGAACCAUGUAGUAAUAUCAUAGCACAUUGCGAUCAUAGAACUACUGUGGAACCAUUUCAUCAUCAUCAUCAUCAGCCUGACUACGUUCACUGGUGAAAUCAUUUACAGCAUUAGAAAUCAAUACAGGCGAGUGGUGGCAGUUAUCUCACGAUGAACGUUGACGUUACACAAAACACAGAGUGAGCAACAUGGCAUCUUUCUUGCUUAUUGUGAGCUUUUCUGUUUGUUUUAAAAUUAAAUAAUGUGAAACUUCGUUAUAGCAAUGUUCAUCUGACACAAAAUUAUUGCUUUCUUAAUCCCAAAGUUUUUUACAAUCAUAACAGUGUUUUAUUGGCAAGAUUAUCCUUCAAUUACUAUACUAUAAACAAUAGUUUGAGACAGUAUUCGUUUUAUUGUCGUUUAGCUGUAGCUAAUUCGGUUGCUUGUUUCGAACGCAAAGAUGAGAGGCGUCACUUCUGUGCACUUUUUCUGCAGGCCUUGAACACGAAAGAUGUCCGAAUGGGUGGUUCAAAAGAGCUUUCAAAUUGCAUAGUGCAUAAUUAAUUAAAGUUACAAUACUCAUUUUGAAAAGGUGUUAAACAUGUACAUUAUUGUACAUGUACAUCACUGUACAUUAUUACUGUGCUCAUGCAGCCUUUACUUCAUGCGUCUGCCACAGUGACCUUUUACCAGCGAGCUGACUGUGGCGUACUACAGAUGUGCUGGAGUUGCUGAGCCGCUUUUCACACUUUCAAUUUUAUUAACAUGGGAUGGGACCCUGGUCCCGUGUAACCCACUCUUCUUGCUCUGACUCAUUAGUAACUUGUUUGGAGCUGAAAAAUUGAGGCCAGUAUACAUGUUACACUAGUGCCACAUGACGGACUGCUGACCGUGGUUAAGCCUUAUCGUGUUCAAAUGUCUCAUCUCGAUUGGUUCUCUUGCACAGCUUGGCUUGAAGGAGACAGUCAUAAUGGAGAAAUUUAAUCCAGAGCUUGGUAGUGCAAAAUCAAUGAAGACGGGAAGGAACAGAGGGCAGAUCACUAAUCGGGCUCGAUUAUGAUCACAACUGACUGUGUGGCACCAAUGUUACUGUUUCAUGCAUUCUUUUUCAGUCUGCAGGUGUAACUAUGAGCGUAAGAAACUAUGGCAACGUUUGCUUGGAAGAUUUUUCUUCAGCGUUUUUAAUGGCUGGACUGCAAGUCCACUGCAGUAUGCAGUCUCUGGCUCCAGUUUCAAAGGAAUUCAUCAUUUAAAUAUUCAAAACAUUUUGUCAGAAGUAGGUUUUAAAAAGUUGUGCCAGGGCCUCCAGAAAAACUUUGUUCUUAACAACGACUAAACCGCCACAAGUUAUUCAAAAAAAAAGAAAUCUAGCUCAUGAUUGCACCAGACUGUGUCUUCUUUGGUCUAUUGGAUAUCAGUAAAAUGCCAAUUUCACAGAUUUUUUUACAAAGUGUGUCCCAUCUUAUCUUUUGCAAAAUGCAAAAUCAAAUCUGUAAUGGCACUCACGUGUUCGCACUAUGCUUUCACAAGUUUUUUCCCUUUAUUAACAUCAUUUUUUUCCUGGCAAAUAGCUGUACUUUAUUUUCUGCUGAACCAAGCAAUCAUUACUUAACAAUAUAAUGAGAAUCGAGUAUCGAAAACAUAUUUUAUCAAUGCAAAAGCACGAACAGUAUGACACCCCCCCCCCCCCUGCACUGUCCUUAAAGAGGUGAAGACAAGCCUCUUCUCACUAGGAGGUUUGUUUAUUUUUGCAAUGAAGAUAGUUAAUCAGCAUACUGGAAUUAUUCUCCUAACAGGGAUCACAUGCAAUCAAUGAGCUGUAGCUGUUAUUGUUGAUGGGCCUCUGGAAUCGGUUGUGUUUUGUGCACACAAAAAGAAAGUGCAUCGAACUGGGUGUGUGUGAUCAGGAGGCAUGGACUGCGAGCGACAUCGCUAAUCGCUGUUAGACUUGUAAACUUGCUUGGAAUAUGACUUAGAAGCCAGAGAUGUCUGGGAGGAUCACGAAGUUGUUGAUUAAGUACAUUGCAUUGUGAUGCUUUGAGCAGCAAAAAAAAAAUAACUCGUUUUUUUGCUGCUGCUGCUACUGCCGCAGUGCUUCCGACCUGAAAGAUUCAAUGCACGAAUCAGAGGAAUAAUAUUUAGGAUAAAUAAACCUGACUGAAUUUUGUUGGUUUGUUUUCUAAAAUUAGGUUUAGUAUUGGUGCACCAUGUAAAGAAUGUGUGUUUGCGUCUUUUAUUUGAUGUACUGCAAGCUUGAAAGCACCUGGUGUGUAUAUUGGGGCACAUGGCCAGGCAGACAUGUUUUAGCUGAGUUCCGGCAAUGUAUAUAUGUCAUGGAGGUUCGUGCUAUGGAGGGGAUUAGUAGCAUCUUUAUUUCAUUAUAUUUUAAUUAUCUGUGAAAAGUCUAAUCUGAACUGGUUGGUCAAUUAACUCAAGAGUAUAGAUGAGUAGAGCCUGCCAUGCUUCGUCAUGGUGCUUCACAAAAAUUGUUUCGAUAAGUGACUAUCUGUACCUUACUAACUGUACAAAAACUGUGUAUAGUUAAUAAGGCAUGCAAUAAUGUGUGCUGCUAAAGUUAUCCAACGAUAAAAUGUGUUAAUUUUAAGGUUUUUAGGCCUGAAAUUACUUUUGCAUCACAGGCAAGAUUUAGCUUUAAAGUCUCCUAGGUAAUAGCUUGUACCCGACCUAUUAGCAAUGGAUGCAAAGUCGCGGAUUGUUGAUGGCUUAGAUACUCCAAAAAAAGCAUUCUAUAAAGAUUUGUCUGAAGACAGGAUGUAUAUUCGUGUCUAAUUAAUAAAUGCAUUUAAUAAUUGGC